CGCGGUAACUAUGAGGAAAAACGAGUGUGUCCAUGGUAUGGGAAUGAUUUGGUAACCCUUCGCUUUCCAGCCGCAGAUUUUUGCACCACUGUUGAACGGCUGUGUGGGUUAUGGCAGGCAGAAGGUGCGUGGUUGAUUGUCUGGCCGCGUUUCAGUCCCCAGCAUUAGUCACAGAACAAGCGGGUUCAACCCAGGUGAUCUGCCGCCAGUCGGAUAUCUACCUGUGUAACGGGAGCAGGUUCGUGAGUGUCUACAGCAAACUGGAAAAGUGUGUGAAGGUGGUUUAUAGUUUCCCUGGAAAUGUUUGCCACCUGGCAGAGAACACAGAAAAGGAUCAUCUUUAUGUUCUCUGUGCAAAGGAUGGGAUUUACUGCAUACCGCUGCAAAACAGGAUGUCCGUAGGCUCCCAGUCUCAUGGAGACCCAUUGGGUUCGUGUUCGUUGUCUCCAGACUCCUGUGUGCUCAGAGACCCCACCGUGCUCUCUUUCAUUGUCCUGGAGUCCGCCCUGGUCACUGUAGGUCAGGCUGGCCAAACGUGGACAUUGAGCCUCUUUGAAACUGUAGACCAGGGACAGAGUCCUUACAGAAAGCUAGAAGAGCUGCAAGUUCCCAUUCUGGCCACAAGGGGUGCCAGCUCUGCAGGCAAGGAUCGGAGGCCUCCAGCGCUGUGCUGUGUUUACCCACAUGGGCCAAAGGGAAAGGCCCACAGUGGCACAGGCCACUUCUCCCUGGAGCCAGUCUUGUUCAGCCUGCUCUUUGGGGUCGAUGCCUCCAUGGUAGCCUCCCCUGUAGUCCUCUGCGGCCUCCCGGAUGGGCGUCUGUGCUGCCUGCCACUGUGGCUUCCUGUGAGCCUUGCCCCUGUGGACAAAGGUGAAGAGUCAAAGGUCAGGGUGCUCCACCACCUGGGACAGCCAGUGUCCUUUAUCGGGGCUUCCCUCGCCGGGGAGAAAGGAAAUGGCUGUCUGUUGGCGCUGGGGCGGGCCGGUAAGGUGUUGGUGGUCACUCCCCGGGUGGGAUCAGAAGGAAGGGCGGCUGGUUUCACAGAGCAUCACCUCUCUAGCCCCGUAGCCAGCGCCUGCUGCAGUGGCACUUACCUCUAUUACAGCACGGGCUCCCAGCUGCUGGCUGUGCAGCUCAGCCCUGGGACACCUGAGGCAGCGGAUUCCAGGGACUCCCGGGAGAGGGCAGUCUCAGACCAGACCCCACUGGCUCCUCCACCCUCCCUGUCUCCUGUCAGCCUAAACGUCUGCAACGUGGCCGCCCUGGCCCUGCCUGCUGACAGCCCGACAGGUGCUGUGGAGCUGACAGCCAUAACUCAGAAAGGGAAACUGGUGCAGAUCACCCUGCCCAAGAGGUCAGACGGAGGUCAGAGAGCCAGACUGACCUCAUUACUGGCUGGUCAGCGAAUCAGGGACCUGCUUGCUGGGAUAGGAAACGUGUCGGACAGAGUCUCUGCUUUGAAAAGCUGCAUACAGCAGAAGAAUGAUGCCUUGAAGCACUUAAACCAGGUCUUCAACAUCUGCUGCGUGCUGCUAUCCAAUCAGGAAGAGGGGGAAAAGGGAGUGAACCAGUGCAUGCAGCCAAUCAGCUGCCACGUUUCUGCCAGGUGGAGCCGCUUGCUUCUCCAGGAUUCCCUGAUCCUAACCUGCCUUCUAGAAAACUCCAGCGACUACGUUCUGGAGCAAGGCUGGACGCUGUGCAUUCAAGUCACGCCACGAUCUUGCCCUUGGACCCCCGAGACAGCAGGUUCCGCUCAGACAUAUGCCUUCCCCUUCGACAAACUGCUUCCGAGUAAAAGCAUGGAAGUGACCCUCCCAUUGGCUCCUGGCAGUGACCUGGUCCUUCCUGUGUCGGUCCACUGCUCCCUUGCUUACAACUUGAAGAGCAUCUUGGGAGAUGAGGCAAUUGGGCGUCUGCCAUCCCAUAACCCCCUGCUUGCCUCGCAAGCAAACAAUGGACAUUUUAUCAGCCUGGCUCUGAGCACACAGACAGUGGAUUGGUUAGACUGUCUUCGAAUCUGUCAACCUGUUGCCAUGGGGAACAGGGCCUGCUCCUGGUCCAAUCCCCUGGCUGACCCGGUGCAAGUCUUGCUGAGUUCAAGGACGGUGAUGGGACAGAAACAUGACCCGAAGAAUAAAGGAGCUGGUCUUGGACUUGAUGGGGGACCUUUUGUGGCUUCUCUUAAAGUGUCUUCUGAGGUGCUGUCAACUGCACUUAAACUGUGUGGCUCAGGACCCUCUCUAGCGAGCUCCACCCUGCACUGGCUGCUGUCCUCCAAUCCUGAAGCAGACUCUCUCAGAUCUCAGGCCCUGCCCGUCCUUACUGCUGCUGCCCCUGGAGGUAGCAAGGUCCGACUUCUAGCCAAGGAGAUUUGCCUGAGGGAUCUGUCUGCUGACCGUCCAAUCACAGCCGUGGAGAUUCAGAUUGAGAGCUCCUCAUUGGCUGAGCUCUGUGGUCUGCAUUAUUCCAUCUUGUGCCGCAUUCAGCCCCUGCUGAAGGAAGGCGUGUCUGGGGAUGGAGCUCUGCCUGGUCUGCGAACACAGCGUGUCAGGGAGCUCUUACACCAUGCUGAGGUGCUCUCCAAGGAGGUGCAGGGGGUGAGGGAUCGGAUGAGCUUCGGCCUGGAAGCAUCAACCAGCACGGCAGAGAAGCUGCUCCACACCUACCAGCAACUCAGGAACACAGAUCUGCUCCUGCUGUAAGAUGGAGGUACUCCGAUCCCCCUCAACCAGCACAGUGUGAGGUUCUGGUCCCACAAGGUUUGGGGAUUUAGGGCUUAAAUGUCCCAUCUGAAACAAAAAAAUAAAAGUACCAGAACAAAUACCUUUCAUCAAGAGUAAUCUUUGUUUAUAUCUAAUCAUACUACGUUUUGGAACAACGGCCUUAAAUAUAUAUUUUAAACGACAUGUUGUAAUCUGCAGGAGGGUCCCUUAGCCGCUGACAAAGAGAGGAAACUGUAAAAAGCCUUUUUAUUUGCAAUUGGCAGAUAACUACAGCCUUGUAUUGUUCUCAGAUUAUCAACAGGUUCAGAAUGCCACUGCGCUAAAACCUCUCCACCUGCCACCCUGCUAGUCAUCUUCUGCAAAGGUCAGGUUUUAGUGCUGUGAUUUCUUGACGACUAAAAUGGUCCCUUCAGCCACUUUCGUAAAGCGCUUUAGUCUUUUCACAUUUCCUGAUGCUGUUUAUUUUUUUGGAGGAUGCAGACUGUCUAUUGCCAACACCAUGAAGGGAGCUUAACCCAUAUGCUAAGAUAUGCUGUUGGAAAUGACGUUGGAACCUCACAGGACUCCUAGGUCCCAGUUUGAUGAAUUGUAUACAUACAUGUUUGUCCUGUUCUCAUG